AUUUUAGUCACUUUAUUUUAUUGAAAUAUAUUAUUGCCUCGGAAUUCCAAUAAUCGAAACAUAUAUACAUGCUGCAUUAUAACACUUAGCAUUUUUUUGUUUCCAGACAAUGGCAAGAUAGUGCAAAAUUUUAUUCAGGCACUCUGUAGUCAUCUACUACUACGUGCAAUUGUGUUCGCGGAUGGAAUAAAGUUGUUGAUGUUGAGUUGGCAGUUUGGCUUCAACGUGGACUAGUCUUCUGUCUGGUUUCUGCUUAAAACUUUGCUAACGUUAUUUUAAAUGUAAGCACACUAAGUCACAGUUAACAGCUGCUAGUUUGCAGACAGACUCGUGUGUUUAUGCGGUUGUCACUCGGAGGUGCAGCAGCCUUUCGGGUUCACCUCAGUUCUCAUUAGGCUGCCAGCUAAUCCAGCGUGGCUCCACUUAGGUCAACUUUCCACUGUCAGAUAUUAUUUUUUUCAUCAGACGCUUUGGAAGGACGGAUGAGACGACUGCCAUGACACUAAGAAGAGUAAACCUGGUCAUCCUUGUGCUGCUGGCUGUUGCCUUCCUGAUUGUAGUUCAACGAAACCUCCUCAACCUCAGUGACUUUUUGCACAAAGAAAGCCCAGAUGCCGGGUUGAUUCUUCCCUUUGAGUCUGAGUUGUCUCUGGACCUCAGACGAGAGUCGGGGAGGAAAGGAGAGGAGAUCCCUGUUCUCAUCACUGCUGCUGAGGACAGACUCGGUGCUGUGGUUGCUGCCAUGAACAGCGUCUACCAGAACAGUAAAGCCAAUGUUGUCUUCACCAUUGUGACCUUGAAUGACACAGUCGGUCACCUAAAGAUGUGGCUGAGUAAGACAAGUCUAAAAAAUAUCAAACAUAAGAUAGUCAUCUUCAAGCCUGAGCUCCUCAGUGGGAAGAUAUCUAAAGAUCCUCAGACACUAGAGGCUGCAAAACCAUUGACUUUUGCCAGGUUUUAUCUGCCUGCAUACAUCCCUGAGACAGAGAAAGCCAUCUAUUUGGACGAUGAUGUCAUUGUACAGGGGGACAUUCAGGAGCUUUAUGAAACCAGCCUCAAACCCGGACACGCAGCUGCCUUCUCCGAUGACUGUGACUCUGCGUCUGCUAAGGGCAUCAUUAGAGGAGCUGGAAAUCAGAAUAACUAUAUAGGUUUUCUGGACUUCAAGAAGGAGGCCAUUAAGAAGCUGGGGAUGAGGGCCAACACUUGCUCUUUCAACCCUGGAGUCAUUCUCGCCAACCUGACUGAAUGGAAGAACCAAAACAUCACCCAGCAGCUGGAGCACUGGAUGGAGCUCAACACACAGGAGGAUCUGUACAGUAAAACACUUGCUGAGAGCAUCACUACUCCUCCACUCCUCAUUGUUUUUUACAAACGUCACUCCGCCAUCGACCCACUGUGGCACGUGAGACACCUUGGUAACACCGGUGCUGGAAACCGCUACUCUGCCCAGUUUGUGAAAGCUGCCAAGCUCCUCCACUGGAACGGCCACUACAAGCCCUGGGGAAGAACAUCCUCCUUUUCUGAUGUGUGGGACAAGUGGUACAUUCCCGACCCCAUGGGAAAAUUUUCCCCAGUGCGAAGACACAGCUAGACUGAAAAAUUGGCUCUCAGGAAGCUCUGGACCAGCCUUGUCCCAGCAGGAACACGCCUCAUCGUAACUCAGGAACUAAGUAAGGCCUUCUCACCCUGCAGCCCUGUAUUUUAGUUGUCAUCCGAACGUGUGGACCCAAGUACUCUCGCAUUACCUUGAAUGCUGAAUUCCCCCCCCCCCCCGAGUAUUAUGUUGUUGCCCUUGAGAUUGCUUUGACUCGCAUUUCUCAAAAUAUUGUGCUAAACUUUUGAAAGCAGAGUUUCACAAACUGUUUUCCUCCUUAUAAGAGCUGCAUUUUACCCUGAACUUGAUCCGAGGUGUUGCAUCUGAAGAGUUUCACUCUAACUGAAUAUGUGCAUCAACCCUGUCAACAGUAAUGUCAUGUGUCAGUGUCCCAAGGUGUUUAUAUAAAUCUGAAACCAUCACAGUCAAAGUAAUUAUGGCUUAAGUUGGUAUAUUUACAUGCAGCUAAAUAGUGGUUAAAUGGAUGUUACAGUGUAGUAGUCAUCCUCAGUUUAUAAUUGUUUCAAACACUCCUCUGAUCAUUUCAAUCUCAGUAAGAAUCAUUUUAUCCAUGCAGAUGCUUCGUGUCAUUACCUCAAUUCAGUAUUUCCUGUGGAAAAAUAACCCAAUUUUUAAUACUAACUUGCACAUAAGAUUCAUCAGGGCCUAGUUUUUACAUCUUAGAAUGGUCUGUUUUAGCUCCAAUAUGAAUCUAUUCCUCUGAACAUUGUUACAAACCCACAGAGUUUAUUGUAGUCAAGUUAUUGGCUUUUAAAUUUGCCCCAGUAGCUAUGCCAUAAACGAACACUAACUCAGUAUUUUACUGCCUCUCAUGCUGAACUGUUACAAUUUGGUUUUUUUUUUUUUAAUGAUUCUCUGUAGACCACUAAGCAAACCUCUGCAGAAAGUAAAGAACACGGUAUUUGCAAAAAAUGCCCCAAGCUUUAUCCUUCAUUGUCAGGAUUUUUAUACAAGUUGAAAAACAGUCACCAUGCUGGUGUAAAUGUCAUUUGUUUGUACGAUACAUGAAAUAAAACUUCCAGGUUUAUAAAUUUUUUUAAAA